AUGAAUUAAGCUGCAUAAGGGAAAAUAGAAUUCGAAUAACGUUCUUAAAACAGAUGUUGGAAAAUUUUAUUUUUGAAAAAAUGGCAUCCUUAACCAACAGUAUAAGGUACAAAGUAUUUAUUCUUAUUAGUAUCACUACUAUUUAUUGGAUUCGGUAUCGCAAUUGUCAUAAUAAAUUCCAAAAUUCAAGAGCAUAUAAUAUCAGAUUACGAAAAGGACUUAAGAAAUAGUGAUAUUGGGCUCUAAAAAUCUAUUGAAAACGGUGUAAAUUUAGAUUAAGAUGCUGUAGCUAACCCUUGCGGACUUAUCGCUAAGAGCUUUUUUAAUGAUACUUAUUUACUUUUUAAUAGUGAUAAUAUAUAAGUCCCUAUUAAUGAAAAUGGAAUUGCUUGGCCAGAUGAUAAAGGAAAUAAAUUCAAAAAAAAUAAAAAUCCAGCAGUUCAUUGGAUAGAUCCUACAAAUGAGCACUUUAUUGUUUGGAUGAGAACUAGUGGUUUGCCUAACUUCAGAAAACUUUGGGGAAGAAUAGAAUAAGAUUUGGAAGCUGGAGAAUAUUCAUUUGCAAUUUAAAAUAAUUAUCCUGUUAAUGAUUUUGGUGGUCAUAAAGGAAUUGUUCUUUCAAAUAGUGGACCUUUUGGAGGUAAAAACUAUUUUUUAGCUUAUGCAUUUAUUGCUGUUGGUAUUAUCUCUUUUUUAAUUGCAGCAGCUUUUUGGAUUAAAUAAAAAACUACUGGCGAUAAAUUUGGAAGUAAUAGGCAUCAUUAAGAUUGA